UAUACCAAAAGUCCAAAAGUGUUGACUCUCACUCUCAUCUGCUUAUAAAAUCCUCUCUUCCCUCCCCCCAAAACACGAUCCACCCCUGUGUUUUCACUCACAAAUGGGGGUUUACGCUUAUUUCUUGGUUCUCCUGCUAACGAUCUACCAUGGAGCAUUCUCCAAUGGCGGAAUCACAAGCUCUUUCGUUAGAAAAGAAGCUAAAUCCAUCGACAUGCCUUUCCAUAGCGAUGUCUUCUCUCAUCCUCCCGGUUACAAUGCUCCUCAACAGGUGCACAUAACACAAGGAGACCAUGUGGGAAGAGCUGUUAUAGUGUCUUGGGUGACUCAAGAUGAGCCUGGUUCGAGCACAGUGGUUUAUUGGUCCCAAAACAAUAAAAAAUUCAAGUCAACAGGCAGAAUCACUACUUACAAAUACUAUAAUUACACUUCUGGAUUCAUUCAUCACUGCAAAAUCAAGAACUUAGAGUUUAACACCAAGUACUAUUACGAGGUCGGAAGCGGUGGCGCCACACGGAGGUUCUGGUUCACGACUCCUCCGCCGGUCGGACCUGAUGUUCCCUACACUUUCGGAAUCAUGGGGGAUCUUGGUCAGACGUAUGAUUCGAAUCUUACUCUUACGCAUUAUGAAAUGAAUCCGGUGAAAGGGCAAGCGGUGUUGUUUGUUGGUGAUCUAUCGUACGCCGAUCAUUACGAGUUCCAUGAUAAUUCACGAUGGGAUAGUUGGGGAAGAUUCGCUGAACGUAGUACUGCGUUUCAACCAUGGAUUUGGACUGCUGGAAAUCAUGAGCUCGAUUAUGAACCAAGUAUCGGUGAAACGAAGCCGUUUAAGCCGUUUCUUCAUCGUUACCGAGUCCCUUUUAAGGAAUCGGGAAGUACGGAACCACUUUGGUAUUCAAUUAAGCGAGCUUCGGCGUAUAUUAUUGUAUUGUCUUCUUAUUCGGCUUAUGGUAUGUAUACUCCUCAAUACCAAUGGCUCCUUGAGGAGUUCCCAAAGGUGAAUAGAAAGGAAACCCCAUGGUUAAUUGUUCUCAUGCAUUCUCCAUGGUACAAUAGUAAUAGUUACCAUUAUAUGGAAGGCGAGACCAUGAGAGUCAUGUUCGAGCCAUGGUUCGUUCAAUACAAAGUCGAUCUUGUGUUCGCCGGUCAUGUUCAUGCUUAUGAACGCUCAGAACGUAUAUCGAAUAUUGCGUAUAACAUUGUGAAUGGCGAAUGCACCCCGGCACAUGACCAAUCUGCCCCUGUGUAUAUAACCAUUGGAGACGGCGGAAACAUUGAAGGCUUAGCAAACAAUAUGACAGAGCCACAACCAAAAUAUUCAGCAUUUAGAGAAGCGAGCUUUGGUCACGCAACAUUAGAGAUCAAGAAUCGAACACAUGCGUAUUACAGCUGGCACCGUAAUUCAGAUGGAUAUGCUGUUAGAGCCGACACUGUCAUGUUUUACAAUAGAUUUUGGCACCCUGUGGAUGAUUCUACAACCAAAAACUAUCAAUAAGAUUAGAGGCAAAAUUAAACGGGAAUUUACAAAUACACAGAUUAUGAGCCAUUGUUAUGUGAUGUUAAACGUCAUUUGAAGUGACUAAUGGAGAAUUGUUAGUUUUGUUGCCCA